CUCGGCUCGUCAGUAGCAACUCGGCCGAGCCACACGGAGGACGUUUCGCCGUCCGCACCUAGCGUUUCGUACCGCCAAGCUAGCGUCCCGUACCGUGUGUUUGUUGUGCCUAUCGCCCGCUCCGCCCCCCGCAGCGCUUUGCAGUGUAGUGAUAUUGUGCCGUGCGUGUGUGCGAGUGAGUGAGUGAGUUGUGUCCUGAGACCCCCUGGAGUAACGCGGCAACAAGGACGAAGAGGACCACGACGCGCGUGUGCUCGCUUGGAUUUUUUUCCGAGCACACCAGGAGGAGUGCCGCCAACCGGCAGCAGGAAUUUUAUGUUCUAACAGUCCCACAACAGCUUCCAAACUGUGGGGGUCAGGAGCCUUUUUUCUUCCUCCUCAAGGGAUGUAUUACCCUCACAUGGUCCAGACCGGCAUGGCCAGUCCCUACCCGACGCCACAGUUUCCGCAGAACGGUGAGGCCCUGCCCAUCAAGGCCGAGUCCGGCGGAGGAGGCGGCCCCGGCGGCUCCAUACCCGGUCAGAUGAAGGCGGAGUCCGGCCAGGCCAUGGGUCAACCCCUCGGUCCACCCGUGCCCGCCUACUCGCCCCCCGUGAGCGCGGCCGUGGCCGUCAGCGGCGCGCCCGUCAACGGCAUCGAACAGCAAAACGUCAGUAUUUGUUACACCGGAGGGCAGUCUACAGACAACGGCGCCGUCACCCAUACCCAGCAACAAACAGAGCCAGAAGCAGAACAACCAGCAAGACAAGCAUCACCUCAAAGCGCUGCAUCAGCCCUGGUUAAAGCCGGUGAACAGCCUCCUAAGAGACUACAUGUCUCUAACAUUCCCUUCAGAUUCAGAGACCCUGAUCUACGGGCAAUGUUUGGACAAUUUGGGCCCAUUCUGGAUGUUGAAAUUAUUUUUAAUGAACGGGGAUCUAAGGGAUUCGGUUUUGUAACAUUCGCAAAUAGUGCUGAUGCGGACCGCGCACGAGAGCGACUACACGGCACCGUGGUUGAGGGGAGAAAGAUAGAGGUGAAUAAUGCAACUGCGAGAGUUCAGACAAAGAAGGCACCUACAGUACCUAGCGUGUGCGUGCAGUGGCCCGAGGGAGCAGCAGUAGACCAAGCGAUGUUCAGCCCAACACAAGCAGCGGCACUUCGUGGUGUAGCCAUCCAGCGUGGGCGGGCAACGCGUUCUUCAUUCCCAGCCGCUGCGGCAGCGGCGGCUGCAGCAGCAGCUGCUGCUGCAUAUGCUAGGCACCCUGCACCCUUGGCUGCAGCAGCUGCUGCGACUGCCCUGCAGGGAUAUCCAGCCAGCAUGUACUUCGACCCGUACCUGGCAGUUGCAUCAGCAGCAGACAACAACUUCAGAUUACAGGCGGCAACCUGCGUAUCAGAGGCUGCUGCUGCAGUUGCUGCUGCCGCUUCAAAUUCCUCCCUGUUGAAGUCACCAAUGUCAUCAGCACAACAAGCUAGUUACGUUGCUGCUGCUGCCAAUUACUCAGCAGCAGCUGCACGUGCUUAUAAUGCAGCAGCUUCUCAACCUGCAGCUGGUUAUGCCACAAUAGCUGGCUAUGGCCGGGAAUACCCAGAUCCGUACCUGAGUCAUGGAGUUGGACCUGUGGCGAGUUAUGGAGCCGCUGUCUAUAGGAGUGGAUAUAAUCGAUUUGCACCUUACUGAAGAACUGAAAGGAAUAUGCCUCUAUCCAAUUAGAAUAGACAGUACUCUUGUCACUUGUCAUCUGAAGUAUCUUGUCACAUCCAAA